AUGUUAACAAGAAUAAAAGCUAAUGAAGGAAGGUUGCAAAGGGAUGUAAAAGAAUCAAGGACAAGGAGCUAUCAUUUGGGACGUGCUUUGAAAAGAGGGAUUUACUUUGGAUUCGCCGAGUGGAUGGAUUUUUUUCCUUCACCUCCUGUUACAGCUGCAACUUCAGUACUACCUCGCCCUAUUGCUCCUAUCCGUC